AUGGAUUUUGCCCCCGCAGCCUUGGCACACCAGUCAUCGCAUUCGUCGCCGUACCCGUUGGCGGAUCUCGAUCAUACUUUGACCGCGCUCCAUUCUGCCGAUUCUGCUUCCAAUUCCCAUCAUCAUAUCUCCCAGUCGAUCCCUACCCAGAGUUUUGAUCAUACUGACCCAAUGGACGUUCCUGACCACCCGUCAUACGAUAUCUUCUCCCCCAAUGGCAGUUUGUUUGCCUCGUCCCGGUACCGCACCAAUUCCUCGUCCUCGUCCUCCCUACCACCCUCCUACAACAUGCAGACUGAUUCCAUCUACCCUCCCACGUUUCCUGACUCAGUUCCCCAUUUCGCGCAAUCCAACAACAACUCAUAUGACAUGAUGACUAGUGUGCCCUCCUCGUAUAGUGGCAGUUCAGGCAAAGUCUCCCCACUCACUCCAAGUGACCCCAUGGCUGGCAUUCAGCAUUCUUCGGUCUUCCCCAUUAGUGGACACCAGAAAGACUUCUCCAAUGGACACUACUCAGAUCUCUUGACGGAGCGCCGGAUAUCCAGCGUCAAUGGGUCCAGCUACAAUUCCGAUUUUCCCGACGAUUACGGGAUGAGCAACAACAACAACUUCUCCACCCUGCAACCCUUCCAGGACCGCCUGCCACGCUUCCAGCCAGACACCCGUUUUUCGCACUCUUCUCUCCCUCCGAGUUCUAUCCCCCCUCAUGUUUCUCACAGCCCAGACGUCUACCGUACAGGCGUGGCGCCACAGGCCACCCAUUCCUUCCGCCCUGACACUGGCCUUUCAAAUUACGACGAGAUUUCUCAAUAUUUUGGUCCGAAUCCCCAUGCGACAUUGAUGCCAAAUAUCGGAAGUGGUUUCCCUGGAAUUAGACCGGGCCUGGGCUCUUCCAACGAUUUGCAAUCGUUUGUUCGUCCGUAUCUCGACCAGUACGUUCGCGCCUCGAACCGUCUUGCGUUUGGUGAACGGACAGUCAUCGUCAUGUCAAGCAAGGUCGCCCAGAAGUCGUACGGGACUGAGAAGCGAUUCUUGUGUCCCCCGCCUACCGCGAUCAUGAUCGGCAACUCGUGGUGGACGGAUGUCGUCCGCCGCGGGGAGGAGCCGAAGCUGUGUCCGCCACGUGUCACUAUUUCAAUUUCUGGCGAGCCCGCACCGCAGGAGGGCACUAUUGAGUGGACAUCCGCCUCUGGCAAAACUUUUGACGUCAACGACGCACCCACUGGCACAACUUACAUUGGCCGGUGUGUCGGCAAGCAACUUUUCAUAUCAGACGUGGAUGAGAAAAAGAAAAAGGUCGAGGCUCUCGCUAAAAUCACUGCUCCCUCAUCCGAUGACGAGCUAGAACGUAUCAUCGGUACAUUCCCCUCACGUCCCAUAAAGGUUAUUUCCAAACCGAGCAAAAAGAGGCAGAGUGCAAAAAACCUAGAACUGUGUAUAAACCAUGGUUCGACUGUCUCACUUUUCCACCGCCUGCGGUCGCAGACGGUGUCGACCAAGUACCUUUGUGUAUCUGGCUCUGGUUCGUCAUUCAAGGGUUCAGACGGAGCUCCCCUGCUCGGAAUCGACAACCGUUCACGGUCGAGCACACCUUCAUUCAUCGCUCGUACUGCUAGCUGGGAUCCGUUCAUCAUGUACAUCGUCGAUGUCAAUAAACCUACAGGAGGAAUGGACAUUCCGCCGCCGCCACCACCACCACCACAACCUGACUACCCAUCUCCACCUCCAAAUGCGAUACCCUUCACCAACAACGGCUCACCCAUCCCUGUUUAUUACAACCAGACGGUCGUUUUGCAGUGCCUUGUGUCUGGUGUUGUGUCACCUGUGCUUAUUAUCCGCAAGGUGGACCACCAGACGACCGUGGUCGGUGGCGGUUUGCAGGAGGGUGCAAAGGGUGUCGCAGACCACUACUGCGCACCCGGAGAAGUCUGUGGGGAUCCCGUUUCGCAAUUGCACAAAGUUGCUUUUGAGGUGUAUGAUGCUACCAAGGGGGGGCCAGAGCUGGGGACACCAGGCGUAACCGGUGCUUUCCUGUCAUGCAUGGGCGAGAAAGUCAAUACCUAUAGACCUCUCGAAGGACGACAAUGGAAUGUAUCUCCACCAGGCGGAUCUACUUCACCGGUGCUUCCGGGUUCCCCGAUGGUGUCAACUCCUGUGUCCAUAUCAGGGAGCGGGGAUUAUUUUGGGCCAGGCAGCGGGGCUACUGCGAGCGAACCCGCAUCACCAUCGUCGUCGAACGAUUUUUCGAAUGAUGGUGGUAAGGUGAAAAGAGGGAAACGCUCCACGUCAAGUGCUGGGGGGAUCACAAAGAACCCCGGUUCGAAAGGGCGACGGCGCCCGACUUCAGCGGGUUCGGCCUCAGGCCGGCGCGGGUCAUCUAGUGAUAUGGGGGCGUCCUCGGGUGCGCUAUGGCAGGUUGACAUUGGUGAGACUAGUGUGUGGACGAUCGUCGGCACUGAUCAAGUGCGGUACAACUUCUACGUCCCGCCUGUGCUAUUCGACAACCAGAACGCGCCACAAACAGGAUCAUUCCCGAUUCCCUCGAAACCCGUGACACCUUUCCCAGUUGUGGUAAAAUACCUUCCGCCCGACCGUGCCGCUGAAGCACCCAAAACAAAUUGUUCGCAAUCCCGAGGAGUUUUAUCGAAGCCUAAUCCACAUCUGUCCAAGAUGCUGACAGUGUACGGCGAGAACUUCCACAAGGGGGAUCCCAUUCACAUCUUUUUUGGCUCGGAGCCCUCACCGUUUGUAGAGGUGAGGUGCACUGAGGUUUUAGGGUGUUUACCGCCCGAAAAUCAGAUUGCGAAGCGUCGACCGAUUGUCAUGGUUCGCUCGGAUGGGGUUGUGUUCCCCUCAAAUAUUAUGUACCCAUAG